GCUGUUUGGCUGCUCGAUUGAGCACGUCGGAUUGUCACGGUAGUGGCGGUGAUGCUGUGUAAGUCCGAUCUCAUCGGCGCUGAUCGAUGACCGGUCUCCGAUCCGAGCACGACCAAGGUAGCAGCGUCUUGUCACUGCCGAAAACACCUCGCGACGCACGGCGGCAUUUCUCGGGCAUCGGAAGGCUCCCGCGAAUUUUCAUGAUAAGGUCGGGCUUUGACGUUUGCUGUAUGUCACGCCAAAGUGCUCACUGACCAUUAAGUGGUCGCCUGCGCCACCAUGACCACCGCCCUUGCGCUGGAGACUUCGCAGAAGACCUUUCUGGGGCCUUCAUAGAGGUGUCGAGUUGAUUGGGGCGAGUAAGUGGGUGAAUCUCGUCAUAACUUCGAUCCGGCCCCUCGAACUUGGUCGGAUGACAACACGGUCUGCUCUCGCCAAACGUGGUGCUCGAGGGUCCUUGGGAGAACCGCCAGAUCUGUGGGAUACCACCGUCGAUCGAUGCUUGAUCUUUGAAGCCAUCCAUUGUUCUACACUUUGACCACGCAAAAUCUGAUGCGCUUUCUGGCUCAAACCUGUUUUCUCGAAAUGGAUGGGGGCAGACAAUGCGUCGGGACGCUUAAAUAGUCUGGUCUGGAUCGACCGUCUCUGCUCUCCUUGCUCAUCCUUGUCGGCCGUUCUCGUCAGCUCAACUCCGAAAUGACUGAGUACGAUUUCUCCCCAGAGGCGAUGGAGCGGUAUCAGGCCACACAGAACCGGAUCCAGCGAUGGACACAAGAUACUUCAAGCACGAACCAGGCGGAUCCGUAUGCUCCGGCUAUACCUGCGCCCCAACGGGGAGCCCAAGUAUUUUCUGCGGCCAGUGUGCCCAUGAGCACCGGAACGCAGGAGGCGUGGGCGUGCAAGAAGCAGAGUGCGAUCGAGAAGCUCUCUGGAGUACAGUCGUCUUCUGCGGCUGCUGCGGCUGCAGCCGCGGGUAAUGAGAUCUACAGCUACUCUCGGCAGUCCGGACCGCACGGUUCACAUCUCACGAUCCACACGCAGACCAGCAAUGGGACGUACGUCCAGCGGCGGACCUACCAGCAGACGACUACUCGCGCCGCUGCUCCUACUGGACCCGGCUUUUCUACACCGCCGCCGCUACCACUAUACGGAGCGGGGUCUGACCGGUCCAGAGCCCCAUCAAACCAGAGCGCUUACGAUCUCGCCGCGACUGCGCAAGGCUCACAGCGCACCCGUGCAUACUCCACCGUCGGCACUAUUCAGCCGGCCAACAUCGGUAUCUACGCAGCAGCCCCGUGCGCAGCAGCCCACCCCGCCUACCAGCGGGACCCCGGCCACCAGCCGCGAGCGUCACAGAAAUCCAGGUCCAAGUCGUCCGUGGCGCUGAGCGCGCAGUACCACGCAGCGGCUCAACAGGCUGCCCCGCCCGUCCCCACCGUACCAGCCAGCUUCUACGCCAACGCGCGCGCGGCCAAGUCGUCCGCGACGCUCUAUGCCGCUGCGGAACCGCGGAAAUCCAAGUCCAAGUCCACGUCAAAACGGGCGCAUCGGGAGCGGCAUCCGAUCCCGCCUCAGUUCGGGCUCCACGGCGAAUAUCAUUACGUGACUUCGUCCCAUAUAUCGAUCCAGCCGGUUCCCGAAUCGCACUCGACAGCGGGCCAAGUACUUGCGCACCAGCCCAAGCAGUCGCUAUUCAAGCGGAUGUUCCACGGCAAGAAGGGCAAACAGGACACACUACCACGCUCCUUCAUCGCGUAGGGUUAACGUACCUGAUGGACUGUUCAACUAACUGUACUCUCUAUGCAAUGCCAAC